AUGAAUCUAGUGAGCAUUGUAGGAGACCGCAUUAAAAAGCACGUUCUUGCGCUGGGGCAUUCAGAAAAGGAGUGGAGGAUCCUGGUGAUCGACCAGACAACUGCAAGGCUGCUGCACUAUGCGCUUCCCAUGAGCGAGGUUCUGUCCAGAAACAUUGCCAUGGUUGAAAGAAUAGAGGAAGCAAGAAGUCCCAGCAAGGAGUUUGGCGUGAUUUACUUUGUAAGCCCGACCUCUCAGAACGUGAAGCGGAUAGAGAAAGACACCGCGCAGAAAAUGUACAGAACUGCGUAUGUGGUCUCCGUUGCUGAAAUACAGGCCAGGGAAAACAAGACGCUAGACGCGCUAUGCAAAAGUGCAGAGAAGGGGCGGGCGAAGGCCAAGGAAAGCAGCAAAGACCAUGUUUUGUUUGAGUUCCACUACAAAACAGUUAUAUUUGAUUUUGUUCCACUCACCUCGGACAUUUUCCGAGUGGAGACAAGCGCCUCGUACUAUGCGGACAAAGACAGGCACAUUGAGGAGCUGGCGGAAAAGCUGAAAAGCGUUUGCCGGACAAUUAAGGUGCACUGCAUGCCUGUUUCUGUGGGGAUGUAUGCAAAAAAGCUGGCGGCGCUGCUGGACGGGUCUGGAAACGGCCGGGCAGUCAUUCUGGAAAGAGGGUCCGAUGUAAACACUCCGCUGAUACACACGUUCACCUUUGAGAGCCUUCUGUGGGACCUAGGCCUGGCAGGGCCGGGGUACCUUGUUGAGCACCAGAAGCCGAAGAAGAGCGCAGAAAAAGACGACAGCAGCGCAGAGGAGAGCGAAGACGCAGACGAAAAAAGAAUGGAGGUCACGGAGGAGCACAAGGUUUGGGAAAGCAUUAGGAACCGGCAGCUGGUUGAAGCGCACCGGGCGCUUACAGAAAUAAUAAAGAAGGAAACAAGCGACGAGAAAAGCGAAAAGUCAAACAUAAACAAGCUGGUGAAGGCCGUGCAGUCGCUCCCGGCGCAGACAAGGCGGCUGAAGGAGAUAAAGGUUUUGAUGGGGCUGCUGGAGAAGUGUGUGGGCUUUUUCAACAGCCCUGGAAUAAAAGAGGCAGCAGAGCUGGAGCAGGGCAUAUCUACCGGGAAGGACUUCAAGGGGAACAACUUCAAACACGCUGUCACAAAAUCCCUUUUUAACGUUCUGGAGACGGCCAGCUUGACGCACAAGGAAAAGUGCCGGCUGUACAUUCUGUACGUGCUGAACUACGGAAGCCUGCAGAAAAACGAAGAAAAAAGAAUAGUGGAGCGGGGGUAUCUGUCUCGCGCGGACAUUGAGAGCGCCGAGGCAGUGAAAACCCAUCUGGCAGGAAGGCAGAUCAAGCCUUUGACAAAGCGCCCCCUUCCCAUUGCCCGGCACACGCCGUUGGUUGCGGAUGUUCUGGACGCCAUUAUAAAUAAGAACGAGACAGCCUGCAGGAAGCUAGAGAUAGACCUUCCAGCGGCACACGACGUGCUGACUGGCGGGUCUUUAAGAAAAAGGGAGUUUAUAUUUAAAAAAAGCACAUCCUCUGACGCUGUGCAUCGGAGAAUCAUAAUUGUCUACUUUAUUGGGGGCGUGUCCAUAGCAGAGAUAUCCGAAAUGCGAGAAAUAGCCAAAAACACAGGCAUAACCAUACUAAUAGGCUCGACUGACAUAUGCUCCCCAGGCGCUUUUCUAGACACGCUAAAAGGCCUAAAAUAG